CCGAAAGGCAUCGGUCCAUUUAUUGGGCACCUUCUCCAUUAACUCAUCGGGUCAACAGAAGAUACACCCAGAAUGAUAGCAUCUCGACGUAAAGCGAAAAAGUCCAAGACAGGAUGUCGCACCUGCCGAGCUCGUCGUAUCAAAUGCGAUGAAUUGCCCGGCGCAUGCCGAAACUGUACUUCAACAGGUCGUAACUGUGAAGGAUAUGAUGUCUAUCGGCUGCCGGUGAAGCGCACCCCACGACAGGCCGCCCCUGACAGCCUGGUGCUCACACAAACGCCAACCGGGCUCCGUUGGAAAAUAACCUCGGAUGAAAGACGAUGUCUUUCUUUCUUCCAGCAGCGGACCGUUCCAGACCUAGCGGGACUUUAUGAAUCGCCGCUUUGGCAAAAGCUGGUUCUUCAGAUGAGCCAUACCGAGCCGGCGGUGUAUCAUUCUGUCGUUGCACUUGGAGCUACCCAUCAAGCCCUGGAAAUCACCAAGAAACCGUAUUUCGAAAUAGGUUCACAGAAUAUCUGGUACCAGUUUGCACAGGAGCGGUCGAGUAAGGCAGUAGCCUUGUUGACUCAACGCCGCAUGUCGCAGGAUCCCCAGUUGCAGGAAGUGACCUUGGUUAGCUGCCUCCUCUUCCUCGCUCGCGAACUCCUCUGUGGGAAUUAUGAUGUGGCAUCCCAGCAUGUCUUAGGCGGCCUGAAAAUAUUGAAGCAACUUGGAGUCCAAAGAAGCAUCUCGGGCACGCUGAUAUCGCCGGUCGAGCAGUGCGUGGUUGAAAUGUUCCUGCACCUGCAGAUGCAAUCUGUGUAUUAUGGAACCGGGGCGCCAUUGGAGAUCGACGGGGACCUUGUGUACAACCAGCCAUACGAGGAUUAUCUACUGAUAUUCCGCCGAUUGCAGGAUGCGCAACAAGCGUUCCGGCCCCUUCUUAAUACCGCCUUUCUCUUCGUGGCAUCCUGCCGGCAUCGAUCGGACGAAGAGCUCUUGGCGAUAUAUGGCAGUUUGGAGCAGGAACAACUGCUACUUCUCUCCUACUUCAAUCGAUACCUCGAACGAUUUGAGCUGUUGUAUCAUGAAACUUACACCAAUCUUAGCCAAAGGGAACAGCGAGAGGCGGACAUGACCAAGCUGACUUGCCUCAGCGCUUUCCUAUCGCUCAAAACCUGUCUGUUGAGCAAGAAUCAGCUUUUCCCGGAGUACCUCACCCCGGAAUGCGACGGGCUUCUUUCGUUUGCAGAAGCCGUAGUAAGCAGGCUGCAGUCGUACCCUACCAUUACUUUAGACAGUGCGGUUAUUGCGGCCUUAUACAACGCUUCAUACAAAUGUUCAGACUUUGGUGUCAGAGUAAGGGCAAUAGACGCCGCACGGUCCUGGCAACACUGGGAGGGAUUUUUAAAUUCCAGUAUCACUGCUGAUAUUCUCGAGGAGAGUAUGAGAGCAGAAUUGAUGAAACUGAAAGAGAGCUGCGAUAGGACGUCGAGCCAAUUACCUCCAGGUGUGUCCUUUGUGACGACGCCUGAUGGCCAGGUUUACGCGCGCGUGCCGUACAAGCUUGGCGAAGCUGAGAAAGAACGAUGGAUAGGACUGGAAACACCCGCCUCUCUCUAUACCGUGUUUUCAACUGUCAAGACUGCCUCGAAAUGGGCCUGUGUUCGAUCUCUAGGAACUUGCUCGCCUGCGGGAAGAUGGGCUUUCGUAUCAGACAGAGAGUCGCAAACUGCAGACGGCCAAGGUCGAUGGGUUCUUUUUCCUUCUUGAUGGGAGCGGUGACCGAUAGCCUACACACUGAGCCGUU